UACCUGUACGUAUAUAUUUUUAUUAACAGUCUGCAGAUAAAAGUUCUGCCACUAAACCUAAACUUUCGAAGUCUGAAGAUCCCGUUAUGGACGCCAAUCUUCCAGUAUUAUAUAUUGAACACUGCCGCUCCUGAAAUGUAUUUCGCCGCCGUGCCCUUCAAGUACACGCCGAUCUUCUAGGACGUUUGCGCAAUUUAAAGCCCGACAUAGAACUACAAUUGCUCAUGAAUAACGAACGCCCGCCGCGUCGUGGUUCUUUUGAAAUAGCCAUUGCUACAAAUCCUACCGAAGAGCGCCUAGAGUUGUGGUCAGGUCUAAAUCGUACACCACGUGCGCAAAAGUUUCCACCAAUUGAUGACUUGGCUGAAGCGGCGAGUCGCGCUUUGAAUCUUAAAUUGGCUGAGGACACGGCAUGCGGCAGCAAUGAAGCUGAUGUUGGUGAACAAAAUGGAACAUUAAAAGUGGCAGCAAAAAGACGUAAACGAUCAAAUUAAAAAAAAAUGUAAAUGCAUCCGGUGCUAGUAGCAUUCAUGACCGGUGUUUGGUAAAAUCUUUUCUCGAGAAGCUAAGCACUGCGAUAUUUUUGUGCUCCAUGCGCUUGCUUGCAGUAUAUAAAAUAUUCAAACAAGAUUUGAAUUUAUUUGCAAACAUAUGCCAUUUUCCCCCAAUGGCACUUAAAACUGGCAACUAUGACUAGAGUUGUUGGAAAUCCAUUUUAAGGAACACAACUUUACGAUAUUAACUUUUGCCGUUAAGUUGUCACCAUAAAUGGACUAUGAGGGAACAAAUUAGAAUAUCGUAAAUUGUUGCUUUACUUUUGUAUACUCAAAAAUAAACUGCAGCUUUU